AUGAAGAGUAAGCCAGACACCGUCCUGUCCGGCUACAAGUCCACAUCCAUCCCGGUGCUCGACAGCACGACGGCCAAUACGGACAUCCUCGCACGCAUCGCUCUCACUUUUCCAGCCUCGUUGUCCCUGUCUCAACUGGAGGAUUCAUGGUAUGCGUUGGUUCGAGCCUGGCCAGUCCUGGCUGCACGAGUUCGACCUACGCCAUCCACUCCUUCGGGAUUGAGCUUCUUCAUCCCAACGCCGGCCAAGCUGGACGAACUGGAAAAACGAUCCCGCACCACGUCCAACCCUUUGGAGAAACACAUUGUCGUGCUAGACGAUUCAACGCACUCCGUCUCGGCCUACCAUCCGAUCGUCGGUCAAGCAGUGCAAUCUCAACUCGAUGACACGCAGAUCAGCAUCGGAUCCUCUCCGGAGAAGAAGCGGUUGAACGAAAGCACCUGCACCAACGCAUGUACGAGUUGGAAGCAGUUGCUCGCGACAGACCAGGCGUACGUGACGGCACAGGCGACUAAGUGGAGCGAUGCAACGAGCCUGUGCAUCGCGUUCAGCCAUACGCUGGGUGACGCCUUCGCUGUCAAGGACAUCUUCGCUGCGUGGGCGAAAGCGCUCAGAGGAGAGGUGGUGGCAGGGUUGGAUGGGGUUGGUGUGGACCCGUUUGGAAGGUUUCUUCCGCACGACGGAGAGAAGGUGGAAAAGCUGCCCCUGGGGUGGAAGAAGUUCGGAUUGGCAAACAAGAUCAAGUUGAUCAGUCACCUGCUCUGGGAUAUCCAGGUCAAGAGGCCGGAAAAGACGAUCAAGCAGUACUACGUUUACAUCCCCAAGAGUAAGGUCGAUGCACUAGUCGCGGAAGCCAAAGCCGACGUGAAACGCAUUCGAUCCGCUUCCACCGAAGAAGAAUCUGCUCGCGAGUACACGGUGAGCACAUUCAACGUCCUCUUCGCCUGGCUUCUGCAAAACCUCCACGCCGCCAACCGCCACCCUUCGCGACACAGCAGUGUGCUGUGCGUCGUCAACGCCAAAACCCGUCCACCCACCGGACACAUCCCCUCGGACUACCCGCAACAUCAGCUCUGGGGUGGAGCCUUCGGUGUACCGCUUCGAAGGCUCCUCGUCCGCGACUACGCUACCCUCCCACUCGGUCAACUCGCCCUCCACAUCAGGGUGUCGUUGAACGAGCAGAUCGCGCCGGACAACAUUCGGUCCAACGUCAGGAUGCUGCUGCGCGAGACGCUGUGGAAGAAACCCAGCGGUGAGAUGGUCUGGUUCUCCCCCGAGCCGCGCGACGAGUGGUGCGGGUGCACCGAGUGGAGGAGCGUCAAGUUUGGAGAUGUGGAGAUCGAUAAAUGCAGGCCGGUGGCGAUCUCGACGCAUAUGGAGAUCCCCAUGACGCAGAGGAACAGGUGGGCGCUGUUGGGCGAUGCGGGUGGUGGAGUGUGGUUCAGCGGUGGCAUGACGGAGACUGAGGCGAGGUGGAAGGAUGGAUUUGGGAGGUACAAGUGGGUUGGCUAA